GUGGUACCGGAGGAGGGAAAGAGUAACACACGUGCAUUCCUCCUAGUCUGAAGGUUAAGUAAGCCGGUGGUCGUUGCGUUUGUUAGCCACUCACAGUAAUAGUUACGGUCAGAUUUUGGAGAUAGUCUAGUCCAACGUGAGUUCGCCGCAGUCAUGGACCCAGAGAAGGCACAGCAAUUGGCGGCGGAGCUAGAAGUGGAAAUGAUGGCUGACAUGUACAAUCGGAUGACCAACGCGUGUCACAGGAAGUGCGUGCCCCCCCACUACAAGGAGGCGGAGCUGUCAAAGGGCGAGGCCGUGUGUUUGGAUCGCUGUGUGGCCAAGUACCUGGACCUCCACGAGAGGCUUGGCCGCAAGCUCACCGAACUGUCUGUACAGGAUGAGGAGAUGAUGAGGAAGAACGCCCUUGGGCAAUAACACUGAAGCAUGAAAUGGGGGGGGGGGGGUUGGCUGGUGAUGGCGAGAUGGGGGUUGCAUUCAACUUUAAAAAGCAUGGUCGCAUUCCACGCAGACUCUUAUCGAUGUGUUGCGCGUCGUCAGCCAGGAGUUGCACGUCACAUCAACGACUGAGCCGUCUAGGGUCAGAUUGCAGCGUGGCGAUAUGAGACCCUGCACGACUGCAGUGUGGUCAGCCUGGAACGCCACCUAUUGCAUCGGGUUAUCCAGGGCGACGGUCUGAUGAUUUAGCUGAGACGUUGGAUCAAUUGUGCCAGCCGCUGGCGAUUUUCCCCCCCUGGGUAGUGGUUUCAGUGCCACUGUCCUGGGCGGACCCAUGGGAGCUUUACCCACAAGACCUUCAUUUAGAGGUGCCUGUCACCUAGCAACAUGUCGGUGUAGUCAAUGUGAGAACAAUCCCUGGGUGUGCUGAUCAGACUGCGUUUGUUCAUUGGUGUUUAAUUUGUGUGUUAAUAGCUUGUACUAAUGUUGUACCAAGUUGUCUUUUGUGUCAUUUUUCUGUUAAUUGAGUUUUAAAUAAAUUGUCAUUAUAUCAAUGGUGUUUUUAGUAAUGCCUACUA